CUACUGCAGGUAUACACACACAAUUUCUGAAUAUACUUGUUUUUAGAUUUUGGAUUUUAUCGACCAAGUAAUUGGAUUUACCUGUAGUUAAACUUCUUGUAUACUGAUAUAUGACUCUACGGAUUAAAGCCACAUUGUCUGUUUGUAUGCUAGUCAAGAAUUAGACAUGGGCGAAUCAAUCAUCAAUGGGGAUACAAGGGCCAUGAUGCUUCAGGAUCCGGAAGAAGAUGUUAGACCUCGUGUCAGCAAACAUCAUAUCCCUGAACUUGUUUACAGACUCUACGGAUUACAGGUUGACGAAAUCAAAGAUUUGCCAUGUUAUGAUGACCUUAACUUUUACGUACAUGCAAAAGACACUUGCGAAAACAAACAUAUAACAUCUGUGAAUAAACAUGGCUAUGUACUUAAAGUCUUAAAAUCACUAUUGUCAACCAAACCGGAUAUUGUCGGCAAGUAUUUUAUAGAUGCUCAACACGCGUUAUGCCAAUACAUUCGAGAGCAAGGCGUAGCAACACAAAUACCCAUUCCUAACAGAGAGGGUCUUGAGUGGAGUUUGGAAACGUUUGCUGAAAAUAAACACGAUAAAACUGUAAGGAAUGGACCUUACCUAGUUAGAUUACUGACCUUUAUUCCUGGUAAACUAUUCAGAGAGACUCCGUAUGUGCCUGGUUCCUUCUACAAUGUUGGUAAAUUCCUCGGCAGACUCCACAAAGCAAUGACUGGAUUUCAUCAUAGCUUCUAUGAUGUCUUUACAACCAUUUGGAGCUUAGAAGAAGCACCAGUUGUGAGAAAGUUUCUGACAGCAGUUCCUUGCAAAGAAGACGUAACCAUUGUUGAGGAAGUAAUUACAGCAUUUGAAAACCAUGUUUUUCCUAACUUCAACAAAUUUACAAGAGGUAUAAUCCAUGGUGACGUGAACGAACAAAAUACUAUUAUGUGUGAAGUGCCAGGACAAGAUAAUAUACCAUCUGAUGAACAUGUACAUGAUGUCUGUGCAUUGCUAGAUUUUGCCGAUGUCACUGAUUCAUACUUGGUGUUUGACGUCGCUAUUUGUAUAGCUUAUUUAAGCAUAGAGUGUCCUGAUGAACGCCAGGCAGAUGUUGGUGGUCAUAUACUCGCUGGAUACUACAAGUCAUACUCGCUUAACGAAGACGAAUUCGAGGCUUUAAAAGUACUAAUUUGUGCCCGGCUUUGUCAGUCUCUUGUUUACAGCGCUCACUCAUACGCACAACAGCCAGGAAAUGAGUACAUUUUGGUGACCGCAAAACGAGGAUGGCCAUUAUUGUAUAAAUUAUGGCAAAUACCCAGCGUUAAGCUAUACUCAAAUUGGAAAGCAAUGAUAAAACUGUAUGAAAAGGAGUAAUGGAUGAGACUAGUAAAAAUAGUAUUAUGUUUGCAUAGGUUUCAAAAGAUAACUGUUCGAUUAGACAACCAAUAAAUUGUCACUUUUAUGUGAAAAGAGAUGUUUUUCUAGACGAAAUAGAGGAGAUAAAAUGUACAAUUAUGUAUAAAGUAAACUAUUUUUACGAAUGACGAGUAGAAAGUGUCAUUGCAAUAGUAGAGGUCGGAGCUAUUGACUCAGGUAAAACGUACAUCACUUUAUACAAGCAACAUUUGGAAUAUGCAUUCAUUUAUUUUGGGGAUAGGGCUGGAUUAGAUAUGAUUAUACAAUAGGAAAUGGAGUUUAUUUUCCAUAUAAGCUGUACAGCUACCCUCUAGAUGGACAUUUGUUGCAGGUCUUCGGACAAAAUGAGACAGAUGCUGCAGGAUCGAUGCAAGCAUUAUACCCGAUAGACAGAAACUGUGAACAUUGUGGCUUAUCGGUACAAUCUGCAAUUAAGAAAGAAUGAAUUGGGUGAAACAAUAAAUUAGAUAUCACCAAAGAAGGACUUCGCCGAAACCGUAUAUUAUGUACUUAAACGCUUUAAAAACGGAACAAUUCUUGGCGUUCAUCCAAAAAGAAAAAUAUGAACAUUUGUCGAUUUGAUAAUAUUUCUGAAAACAAGAUAGAUCUUACCUCUUAACUAUAAUUUCUGAUAUUCAGUUUUGAAAUCGUUCAUGCGUAAAAACUGAGUAAACAAUUUAGAGCUUA